GUUCCAGACUCCUGUAAAGAUUCGCGUCCAAAAUAAUAUCUGAUACAAAUCCGAUACACAAUAUACAUUCAAUAAAGAUCUUUUUAAAAGGGUUAAGAAGUCGUAAAUUUUUAAAAUUGAGAAGUUAUUUUAGUUCACAACUAUGUCAGACAUAGAGAUGGAGAUGUCUCCAAAGAGUGAAACAGGAUCGGAUCAAUCAGAGGUUGAAAAUCCUCCUACACCUGGUAGCUAUGGAGAGCAAGAUGGCGAGCUGAUAUCUCAUGAUAAUAGUGAACAUGAGCAGAGUGAUCAGGAACAAACCAAUGAAGUAAAAGCAUCCAAUGAAGGUAGAAUUUAUAGUCAGUUCACAUACUAAAUUAUAGUAAUGGUAGAUCAUAUAGUCAAUAUGGAUUGACCCAAUAAUGUGCAAUCAAAUCAAACAUUUGAAAUAACCAACUGUCAUGCACUUUCAGUACUUAUAAACUUGGUUUCUCCUGGCUUAUAUGCCAAAGAUUUAUGCCAGCCAUUGUUUUUUAUGUUUGUAUGUAGGUCAGGUAAUAGGCUGGGGCAGUGUUUUGAAAAAGCCCACACUGAAAACUGAUAAAAACGGUUUCAUUGGUAUUAGCACAGAAUAAAGACACACAGAAGGUCGACUCACAAAACGUAACCGCUGCCAAAAACGUAACCGCUGCCACGGUUCGUCAUCAAAAUGAUGACGCCAUGGUCCUAGCUAGUAAGAGGCUUCACCCCUGGAUGUCCGCCAUUUUGAAUAUUAUCAGGGGGUUAAUGCCUCUCAUAAGUUAAGCGCACUGGCUAGGACCAUGGCGUAGACUUGGGCGGUUUUUAUUAAAAUAAAAAUCGGUAAACCGUCCGACUUAAAACCAGUUAAACUGUAAAACUGGUUUUUGAGACUUUUUCAUUUUCCAACGUAGGAUUUUUUGAAAUUCUAACUUAACCACUGUCUUGGUAUGAUUUCAUAAGACCUAAAGUCACUCUCAAAUCCUGAGGAAAUGCACGAUAAUGCUAUAAACGUGUGAACCAUUACGUGAUACGCAGGGUGGGAUAAUUCGCGUACCAACGUACCAGAGGUACGCCAAAAUUACGGUCUGGUACUUCUUUGUUUUUAGCCGAGUACCACAUAGGUACACGAGAAUUUGCUAUUCGCGUACUUACAUUUUCCUUCUAGCAAUAACUAGCAAACCUUCCAAGGUAUUCAAAACCGUCAAUAACUUUAGCUGUACAUGUCAAUUCCACACAUCCGACAUAUUUUGGGAUCGAACAAGGUUGUUAACUUUGUUAUCUGUGUUUUUGGCAUCUAUGUAGUAGGGAAGAGAUUAUUUCGCUGGCCUCAAAGUGACAAAACAUAACAAAGCAACGGUUUUACUAACACUAACUCUACUCCAAACACCAACUCUGACCCUAACCCUAAUCCUUACCCUAACCUAACCCAACUACAAAUUCGUUUAUAAACCAACCUUGAAGAAAAAAGUUUUGACGAAAUGUCAUUCUGAGGUCAGCGAUAUAGUUGAUACCACGUAGUAGACACUAUAUCUUAUAUUGACUAAAGUGGAGGAUUCACUAAUUCUCGAGGAUUUACUAAUUCUCAAAUUACGCUUGUUUACUGUUAGGCUGUUGGCACCCUCGGUAAAUCUAAUUGAUAAAUGAGCGAUGGCAUUCGAGUCGCAACAACGCUUUGAAAAUUGUUAUGUUAUGUCGUACAAAUACAUGUACCAUUAAUUAAAGAUUUAUUUCUACAAAAUUGUCCAUAGUUUUUGCUUUUAGGCCAGUAAACCAUUCAAUGUGAUUGAAACAUUUUUGACUUUUAUUUCCUGUUAUUAGCAAUCCAAUUAAAAUGUUUAUCAUGAACUAGCCAAAUGAAUAAAUGUGGAGCAUUUAGUUUUAUGUGUAAUAUAUUACGUACUAGUAAACAUAUUUAUUAAAUAUAUAAAAUUCAUUAAUUUUUACUCGUAAGUAGCAUCAGGUACACCUUGUCUCUUAAGUUUGUACCAGCUCAAGUACGCUGCAAAAAUUGUUGGAGUACCAGUCAGGUACGGCUAAAAAUAUUGAAUUAUCGCACCCUGGAUACGUAUUAGGUGACCAGCUGAUAUGCCUGCUUAUGUUUUUGAGAAGAUAAUACUUUGUCCACAUAGGCGAGGGUUCUAUACAACAUUUCUUACUAUUUACGCUUUUCAUGAACAAGAAAAGAUAACAAAAACCAAUUUUUCAGUUAUUGGAAAUGAAAACAGGUUUUAAAAAGAAAACCGAACAAAACCGAAAAACUGGUUAACCGCCCAAGCCUACCACAGUGUCAGCCUUUUGAUGACGAUUUAUGGUUACACCAAAAUCAUAGGAAAAACCAAGAAGUCGGGCUUCUCUAUAGUCUCUAUUCUGUGGUAUUAGAGAGCUUAAGUGAACUUGUGACGCGUUUGACAACACACACGCCAACCGGAAGCCAAUCAAGCCAUUAUAGAUGGCUUGAUUGGCUUCCGGUUGGCGUGUAUAAUGGCUUGAUUGGCUUCCGGUUGGCGUGUGUGUUGUCAAACGUGUCACAAAUUCACUUAAGCUUGCUAAUACCACAGAUUAGAGACUAUACAGAAGCCCGACUUCUUGGUUUUUCCUAUGAUUUUAGCCACAAUACUCGGUUAGCUUCUAGGUCAACACACUCUCUCCCUCUAGUCCGUACAAAUUAUGGAAUUUUCAAUAUUAGAUUGAUUGUAAUCAUAGGCGUACGACAUACCUGUAGAUUUUAUUUUUGUGGAGGUAGCCAAUCUUUAAAUGGAGCUAGACUAUGCCACAUUCUCGUACCCAGAGCCCGCCUUAUACACACGAUCAACAGGGCAUGACAAGGACGCGGUGUACGAGAAUGGGUUUGCCUCAACAGUCAACUGCAGAUCAAAAUUUAGCCUCUGAACGAGAACAAAAUGCCAAGUGUGUCAAUGCCAUGUUUAUGCGCAUAUUCUGGGUAUUUCAGUCUUAUUUAAUACAGCGGAAUAUAGAAGUGCAUUCUGAGAGUUCUUGCAGUUAUUCCAGUUAUUCCAGUUAGUCAGUAACUCCUGGUUUAGAUAACAAGCUCCAAAUGAUUUUUGGAGUUAGCAACACAGCAAGUAACUUCAACCUUACAUGUAUGCACCUAGCGGCUAUAGGCUGACUCGCCUCGCUAUACACAUACUUUUUGGAGUUAGGCAGUAACUCAAGGCUUAGAUACCUUGUUUUUUCAUGAUUUUUGGAGUUAAACGUAGCUCCAAAUGAUUAUUUUAGUUAGCCAGUAACUCCAGGCUUAGAUGCCUAGCUCCUAAAUUAUUUUUGCAGUUGUAUACUUAGCUCCAAAUGAUUUUUGGAGUUAGCCCUUUAGAGCUUGGAGGUAGCGUUGCUCCAUAACUUCCUACUUUCUACAGGCAUGCAGUACUUCUAUGAUUGGAAUCAAGAUUUGGAAUAGCAUUGAUGAGUCUUUAAAACAUCUUUCUCUUCCUAAUUUCAAAAAGAAAUUAAAAUUUCAAAUAAUUAAUGGCUACUAAAAUUGUUUGAUUCAAAGUUUGAUAUUUCUUUUGUUAUUUCUUUUCGCUUUUUGCAUGAGCCUUUUAUUCAUUCAUAUUCAUUUAUAUUGGUUUAGAAAAAUCGUAUGUAUGUGUGUUCUGUGCUUGUUAUUUAUAUUUAUUGAUAAUUUAUGUCCGUAUUCUAACUUCUCCAACUCUAUAAAAUUAUUAGUUUUCAUUAUAGAGGUCACCUGUCUCGAUUAGCCCAUAUGGUUAUUACAGGUGGCCUUCACUCACAGCUGAUAAUAAUAAGAAUAACUUUCUGUAUUUUUUUUAUGAGUGAAAAUAAAUUGGUUGUUGUUGUUGUUGUUGUUGUUGUUGUUGUUGUUGUUGUUGUUGUUGUUGUUGUUGUUGUUGUUGUUGUUGUUGUUGUUGUUGUUGUUGUUGUUGUUGUUGUUGUUGUUGUUGUUGUUGUUGUUGUUGUUGUUGUUGUUGUUGUUGUUGUUGUUGUUGUUGUUGUUGUUGUUGUUGUUGUUGUUGUUGUUGUUGUUGUUGUUGUUGUUGUUGUUGUUGUUGUUGUUGUUGUUGUUGUUGUUGUUGUUGUUGUUGUUGUUGUUGUUGUUGUUGUUGAUGAUGACAGCGACAUUUGUGAUUUCAAACAUGUCAGAACUGCUGACGCCAUCACUCACUUCUAAAAUGGCUGUUCAAUUUACUUCCUGUUGGUGUCUGUUGUCAAAAACGUAACUCUUAAGCUAUUUUUGCCAGACUGCUAAGUUUACUAUGUGCACAGAAGAUAUUCUGUGCACAUUUUUCUAGCAGAUGUGCACAUUUUUUGGCCAUCUCUGAGAGCUUGUGUGUGACAUAUAUUCUGUGUUCAGCUGAUUAACAAAGUUAACUGUCUGGUAUUUUUGCUUGUCCCAUGAUAAUGUCAAUUUGAAGCUGCAUUUCAUUCCAUUAUAAUUUUUUUAUGAAAAGUGAUAACUCUUGAUUUGCAUUUCAAUUGCCCAUAUUAGUAUUGCAUAAUCUGCGAUUGAAUGACAAUUAAUUAUUCAAGCUUUGGGUUUUAUUUUGUUUUCCAGUUUUUAAUCGUACCAAGUGCAUGAAACUCCAAAGUAUUUUUUCAAUGCUGAAAAUUGCUUUUCCUGUCCUACCAUUCUUUAAAUUAAGGGAUGGAUGCUUUCAUAAAGUAUGUAAAAUUAAUGCUGAUGCAGGGCCUUAGCUAGGAUUUUAGAUCUUGGGCGUGUUUGUAAAUGACCAGCGUGUGCACAUGUCAAUUACCUUGAAUAGCCAAAUUCACGGUUCUACAACAACGAACAAAAUGGACAAUGCCUGUGGUUGUUCUGUGCUUUGCAACCAAAUACAAGUCGAGCAUACAUACUCAUAUUGCGCACUGAUAUUGAAAUAUUAAUUUAUUUCAGAAACUCUUGGGGGUAUUUAAAACCAUUUUAACACCAUACGGUUCUCAUUAUCCAUCAAAACAUUAAAACAUCACGAAUCACUUUUGCCAAUUUCAACAACAAUAGAUUUUACAAACUUUCUUAUGACGUAAAUAGAAAGAAAUUCUGUCUGUUGUAAGUAGCACCAUCUUAUUUUAUGAACUUACACGGCCUUAUAUAAAUAAUGAAGCCGUGUUAAUUUUAUGUAGCCAUGUUUUUCAAUUUUUGGCCGCAAUAACACGGCCAACACGGCCCUCUAGCUAAGAUCCUGUGCUGAUGAUGUUCAAGGCCAUCAGUGGUUCCUCAUCCAGGAUUCGUUUUCAUAGCAAACUUGAUUAUUUAAAUUUUUUUUUUUUUUUUCUCAGCCACAUACAAACCACAUAGGUACUGUAUGCGCUGCUCUUGCUAUCUGCAUAUUUUACUUAAUUUAAUAGAAAAGUCAUAUGAAUAUAUGAAUAUAUGAAUGCUAGGAAAAGUUCAAACCAAGUGACUUUUGUACAAACUUGUUUAGAAAGUAUAUGCAAUUCAUUAAAAAAAAGUUUAUGUUCAGCAAUAAAGUUUAUGUUCAGCUUCGUCUAAAAUAUUUCUGAAUUUACUGAGUUUACUUGUACAUCAUCACAUGUAUCAUUUGAUUGGAGGAAACGUUUUUUCUCACGUGUGAGAAAGUUUGUUUCGCUUUCCUGACUGGCUUAUACAGUAUGUGUUGUGAAGCGAGUUUUUGUAUAAGUAAAUCCAUUCGUAAAACUCGUUAUCUAUGCAAUAAUUUUUUUUCUACAUUUGUGUUACUUAAUUAAAGUUAAAAAUCAUCUUUGGACAUUAUUGGUGUACCGGUACUGUACAAUGUAUAUCACAAAAAAUAUGACAAAAUGAUCCACGAAAAGGACUAUUAAUAUUGCUAUAGUGUUACUAAGAUAUGUCAGUACUUCAUUGCGUACACCCUGUAUUUCAAAAAAUGGAUUCAUUCAAUUGCCCUGGCUAUAUUCAUGCAUCUUUGCAAACAAAAGUCAAUAAAUAUGAAUAUGACUAGAACAUGUUAUGCAGAUGCACAUAUUUUUUCAUUGUUAGAGGUUCCUCUGGAACACGAUGUCUCAGAUGAAGAAGAAGCUGAAGAAAAGGACGCAGUAGUUUCGCCGAUCUCACCAAUCUCACCUGUUGCACCUAUCUCACCAAUUUCACCAAACAAUCAAGCUUCAGAUGAUGAGGAUGGGAGUGACAUGGAAAUAGAUGAAGAUGUAGGGAAUACUGAACAAGCAGAUGACGGUGAACAAGCAGAUGAUGGUGAACAAGCAGAUGAUGGUGAACAAGCAGAUGAUGGUGAACAAGCAGAUGAUGGUGAACAAGCAGAUGAAGGUGAACAAGCAGAUGGUGGUGAACAAGGAGAGGAGAAAAAAAUUCUAGACAAGAAACAUUCUACAGCAAGUUCACCAAGAGAAGACCAUACACAGUCUGAUGAUGAAAAGUUGAAUGACUUGAACAAAGAAAAGACAGAUGAAGUUGAUGAUGUCACAGAUGAAGUUAAAUCACAAGACAAGCAGGAAACAAAUGAAGUGGACAGAACUGAGAGUCCUUCACUUGAAAAAGAAAGUAAAACAUCUUCCGCAAAAGUCCAAGCAGACAGUGAAGCCGCUGAAACACUUAACGAUCAAGGCAAGGACGAUGAAAAUGAGGGUGGUUCAUCUAGUAAGAACAAUUCCUUGGAGGAGAAUGAUUUGAUGAACAUCACAGAGAUAAGUGAUCUUUCUGUAGACUUGACUGGUGAUGAAGCGGCCAUUGUUGAAGAUAUCUUACAAAAUGUUGGUGAUGGUGAAUUGCUUUCUGGUGAGCAGAGUGAAGAAAAACCUGCUGCUGAAGACCAGGAAGAAAUUUCAGGUAAAUAUUACAUCAAAUUUACCGGAGAUGGAUGAUCUUUCUUGGGCAUGGCAAACGCACAGAGCAUGUGUGUAUGUACAGUUCAGCAUUGGAUGAGCUGACACAAAAAGAUGAUGUUUUGUUGCAGAUGUUUUAACACACAACGAACAUGUGAUGAUUUGUUUGUUAGUAUGCUAUUCUAGCUAUAUUAGCCAGUAUUCGGAUCAGUGUGGUCAGCAAUCGGCAAAUUGCACAGCAAAAGCACUGUGUUAUUCUGCACGGACAUUUUGACCAAUCAAAUAAAAUACACAGUUUUCAUUUAAGGUAAAGCCGUAAAGGUAUAUUAAUUUAUUUGAUUAAUACUGUUUCAAAAAACAUAAAAGUAACCGAAUUACAAGCAACAAAAUCAAGUCACAAGUUUAUGGUAUCAGACGUCACAUGCAGAAAAUUAGAAAACAAUAACCGUGGGACCAAGAAUUUUUCGGUUCCAUGAAUCGUUUGAACUGCUUAUCAUCAGCUAAAUAAUGUGAUGAUUGAUCAUGCGGGAAGUGAUUGACAUGAGCUAUAUCAGUGUAAAUAUUGAAAAGCUGGUAAACCAUUAUUAGCCAAUGUCCUAGCAACUUCACAGUUGAUUGUUUAUUUGCCAGACCCAAGCAAGAUUGUUACAAAUAAAUCCACACUGAUUUGGAUAGCUUCGCCUGUAUAUAAACUUAGACAGAUGUCGAGAGCCAUUUUCUAGAAAGAAAGGCAAUUUAAAAGAAAAGUUUCCUGCUACGUGCGUCAAGCCACAAAAUAUACUUGGUUUUCUUUGCUGGACAUGAAAACUACUGCUCAAAUUGCAUUCAUUUGUGGUCGGGAUUUUGACCUACAAAAUUUUAUGAUAUUCUAUUUGUCAUUGUUGAUACUACAGUAUCUACUAAUGUAUACACUGUCAGGUCUUAUAGUUCAUUUUUGUUCCAUCGUUUCAUGUAGAAGAGAAAUCUCACAAAGCUUCCAAGGAUAAUGAUGAUGAUAAUGAAGAGUAAGUUUGAAAAAAGCCAUGUUACACGUCCACGAGUCUAUUUCCCUGGAUUCCUGGAAACAUUGCAGACUGCACUGAGAUGUCAGACGAAUUAUGCUUGUCACAUGAUGCCAUACUUUGUGUAUCUUUGUGAAAACUAGAAGCUGCUUUGCACAAUUUCCUAUUAUAAACAGGUUGCAAACUAGGAGGGUUAAAUGAGGAAACAUUGCUUGCAAAGUAAUGAUUGGUGAUAAUGAUGAUGUCAUGUAUUUACUGUAUAGUGUACAUUUUGGAUAUUUUAGGCCAGCUGGAGGCACUGGGGAACUUAUUAAUGAUAUUUUUGGAUCAAGCGAUGAAGAUGAUGAAGACUUUGAAGUAAGUACUGAAAUUCUUAGGAAAAAUAUUCACACGCUUGUUUCACAGAGACGUAUAUUGAACGAUAUUCAUGAGCUUCGUGAAAAAGUAUAAAAAAGAUCUUCGAUGUUUCAAGUGAACGUCAAGUGAACGUCCUUUGUCUGGAAAGCUCUUCUUCUCUGGAGAGCUUUUCUUCUGUGGAAAGCUCUUCUUCUUAAGCUUGUGAAAUAAUGAUUGAGCAUACUGUAGGAAUAAGUUCUUUGUAUGAUUGCAUGGCGAUAAAAAUAUUAUUAGCACUGAUGAAGAUCCGGGCUUACGGAUCGAAAGCUUUGCAGUAAUAAAUUUACGUGGUGUUUCCACAAACAGAACUAUUAUAUUACAUCCUGUAGGAGUUACUUAAAAUUGAAAUUUAAACCUAAAACAUUACUAUACAGGGCUUGAAAUAACGUUCCCAAAGUUCCCGAUCAUGGUGAUCGGCUGUCAUGACUUUCCCUGCUUUUCAGGUUGGAAACCCUGCUUUUCCGCAGAUCAGAAGCAAUUUCUUGCCGAUCAUUGAUCGGUGGUCGGCUGUUAUUUCAAGCCCUGGUAAUGUCCGUGUUCAAUUUGUAGGGAUUUGAAGAUGAUGAAUUACAUGGGAAGACGAAAAUUAAGAAAAAGACUAGAGUAAAACAGGAGAAGAAAGGAGGUUGGUUUUAAUAAAUUUCAAAUUCUUCUCUUCCAGUUUAUCAGAGGUUUUGGUGUUCCCACCGCAACUGGGGUUGGAUUCCUACAAUAUGUAUGCCGUUGUCUGAUUACGAUUUCAUCCCAGUCGCAUGUAAGAAUAGUGCUCCCAUUUUCACUUCCAAACCCCGCAAGUACUCUAGUUUCCAGGGCAGGAAAAAAUAAUUUUCUUCCUGGGAGUACAACCUGAAGACAAGAAUUUCCUGCAGACCAACGGAGUAUUUUUGUGUUAAAUGUGCAUGUGCAUAAACAUAUAGUGUUCUAGCUAACCAUGGUUUUCAAUUCAAGGAAUAAUGUCUGUCAACCAUACUGUAUGUUGUUGCGCCCAUAGUGGGGCAUGGGUGUUAAGGUUCAAAUUUUCAAUAACAAGUCUUCAUUCAAAGGAAUUUUCUGCAGCUGUUUAACAUUUCCGCCUAUUUUCCCCACUCCUGCUAGUCUCCUUCUGUAGUAACAAUGGAACAACAAGUUGGGCAUUGCUGGACCUUCAAGGAGAACUGUUUAGAACUGAUAGAGUUAUGAUUUCUUCACACUUUAGCCAUUGUGUCUGACGAUGAAGACGAGGCUGAGAAAGCUGAACCUGAAACAGAGACAAAGGCUCCUGAAGAAGAAUCUCUCACCGUACCUCCUCCUCAAGACAGUGAUAGCGAAGAUGAAGAAGGAAAAUCUGGAGUGUAAGAAUUUUCAUAUUUUAUUGACAUGUUUUCACUCGCUACUCUGGUUUAACUAAAUUACUACAAUCCCAUGGGAUGAUUGUGAGGACAAGGUGAGUAGUAUAGGAACU